GAUAUAACAGUAGAAACAGAAUAAAGAAGAGAAUGUAUACACGUACAACAUGACUCAACUUCUCUAUAUAAGGAGCAACUUUAACUUGGUUAAAAUCAAAGAGGAAGAAAAAAAACUAAGCAAUAAGCUAUAGUCUAAAUAAUAGUUUAUGGCUGGUUAUGGCAAGGGUAUAUACCAAGAUGAUUGGGGGAAGCCAAUUACUACUGUAAGUGACUACCCUGAUCAUGUCCAUCGCCCUGUUAUCAUUGGUGGCGUCGAGGGUUAUGUGGUGAGAGCUCAAAGAAUUGUUGAAGUUCGCCACAGUUAUGAUUCGAGAGGUCUUGUAGACGAGUACAAUGUGCACGACGAAUGGGACAAUCAUAGUCCUAGAAAGGUCCAUGACUUCUUUGAUAAAGUUCAUAGUGAAGCUAGUCGAUCAACUCAUCCCACUCUUUUGAGCUCCCCAAAGUGGAGCACUAAGCCUAGUUGGAGUGAAGAUCAUGACUCUCCAAAGUAUAAUGAGCAUCACGAUUUUAGUGGAAGCCCUCUACGCAAUAAGUUUGACGAAUUGCUCCUUCAAGAUAAUCGAGGAUCAAGUCCAUUUUCGUACAGGAAAGAUGGUUAUGAAAAGCCUAGCUUCACUCAGUCCGCGGAUUCUCCCAAGGCUGGCCAUUUCAAGGACUAUGGAGUCAACAACAAAUGGGAUUCACCACCUAGAUCAAGAGGAAUAAGCCCAUAUAGCAACACCAAUGAUGAUUAUGGCAAGCCAAAAUUCAAUGGAGGUUACAAAACAACUAGUCCUCCACUUAGCCAGGCCACAAAUGAUAUUGGCACUGCUAUGAAGAUCCUUGAGGAAGGUAAUAACACUUUGGCUUCUCCUACUUAUGCACCGCAAUCACAUUUUCCAGCAUCUUACUCAACUCCACAUAGAAAAGAGAGUUAUCCUGAGAGAACUCAAGGUGGAAAGCCUCUGGCUUCACCUCUUUCUACACAACCAUCCUAUUAUCCAGCAUCUAAUCCGACAACUGAAAGGAAAGAAAGUUACCCUGAACCAACAAAAGGAGUGAAGCCUCUGUUUUCCCCUGGCUAUGCACAACCACAUUUGCCAACUUCAAACCCUCAGCCUCAAAGGAAAGAAAGUUACCCUGAAACAGCGCAUGGCGCAAAGCCUCUGUUUUCCCCUGGUUAUACACAACAACCACAUUUACCAACUUCAAACCCACAGCCUCAAAGGAAAGAAAGUUACCCUGAAACAGUGCAUGGCGCAAAGCCUCUGUUUUCCCCUGGUUUUACACAACCACCACAUUUACCAACUUCAACCCUGCAGCCUCAAAGGAAAGAAAGUUACCCGGAAACAGCGCAUGGAGCAAAGCCUCUGUUUUCCCCUGGUUAUGCACAACAACCACAUUUACCAACUUCAAACCCGCAGUCUCAAAGGAAAGAAAGUUACCCUGAAUCAACGCAUGGUGCAAAGCCACUGUUUUCCCCUGGUUAUACACAACAAUCACACUUACCAACUUCAAGUCCAAUGCAUCAAAGAAAAGAAAGUUACCCUGAGACAGCACACGAUGCAAACCCUCAUUUUUCCACUGGUUCUGCACAGCAACCACAUUAUCCAACUUCAAAUCCAACACCUCAAAAUAAAGAAAGUUACCCGAAUAAACCACAAGGUGGAAAGCCUCUGUUUUCCCCUGCUGGUGAGCAACAACCACACGCUCCAACAUCACAUUCAACACCUGAAAUGAAACAAAGCUACCCUGAUCAUGAAACACGAGGUUGGAAACCAUCAUUUACCCCUUUUUCUCCACAAAAGGAACACUACAGUCCCCAAAUGGAAGACCGUUACCCCGACAAAAUCCAGGGCGGUAAGUCUUUUCCAUCUCCAUAUGAGGAACCGCGCUAUGGUUCAAUUGUUUCAUCAAAAGAAACCAUUAAUAGCAGCGAAGCCAAGAAAAGGUAUGCCAACUUAAAACCAGUGUCACCAGCACAUAUGAAAUACAAUGGAACACUUGAUAGCAGAGAGGCUGUGAAAAAGUACAACGGUGCAUUUGUUCCUUAGAGAAAUGCAGGGAUAUUACUUGACUUUUUGAAGAUGGUUUCUGCUGCAACGAUCGAGCACAUCAUAUCUUUUGUUUUCUACUUCGCGAUUGUGGUGAUGUUUUCUUGAGUGUUUGUGUUUGAAUAAAAGCACUGAAAUAUGCUUGUUAUGGUAAGUAGUAAUUGCUAGUCUAGUAGCAGUACAAUUUGCUUUUGUGCUUGUGAUUGCAUAUGAAAUGAGAAAACAGUUGUGUUUAUUAUGUAAA